AUGGCCUCUAUGGACAAAGUCUUUUCGGGAUAUCAUGCGCGCCAGAAGCUGCUUGAACGGAGCGACAAUCCUUUCUCUAAGGGCAUUGCCUAUGUGGAAGGAAAGCUCGUCUUACCCAGCGACGCCAGAAUACCGCUACUUGACGAAGGCUUCAUGCACGGUGACCUAACUUAUGAUGUUACAACGGUUUGGGAUGGACGCUUCUUUCGAUUGGAUGAUCAUAUGCAACGGAUCCUGGAAAGCUGCGAUAAAAUGCGGCUCAAGUUCCCACUUGCACCGAGCACGGUGAAAAAUAUCCUGGCUGAGAUGGUCGCCAAGAGUGGUAUUCGGGAUGCGUUUGUGGAAGUUAUCGUGACACGUGGUCUGACAGGUGUACGUGGUUCGAAGCCCGAGGAUCUGUAUAAUAACAACAUAUACCUGCUUGUUCUCCCAUACGUUUGGGUUAUGGCGCCUGAGAACCAGCUCCUUGGUGGCAGUGCUAUCAUUACAAGGACAGUGCGACGAACACCCCCGGGUGCAUUUGAUCCUACGAUCAAAAAUCUACAGUGGGGUGACUUAACAAAGGGACUUUUUGAGGCAAUGGACCGUGGCGCAACGUACCCAUUUCUCACUGACGGAGACACCAACCUUACCGAAGGAUCUGGAUUUAACAUUGUCUUGGUGAAGAACGGUAUUAUCUAUACCCCUGAUCGAGGUGUCUUGCGAGGGAUCACACGUAAAAGUGUGAUUGACGUUGCCCGAGCCAACAACAUCGACAUCCGCCUUGAGGUCGUACCAGUGGAGCAGGUUUAUCACUCCGAUGAAAUCUUCAUGUGCACAACAGCCGGUGGCAUUAUGCCUAUAACGUUGCUUGAUGGUCAACCAGUUAAUGACGGCCAGGUUGGCCCGAUCACAAAGAAGAUAUGGGAUGGUUACUGGGAGAUGCACUACAAUCCGGCGUAUAGUUUUCCGGUCGACUAUGGCAGUGGCUAA